UCUGCAACUGUUGCAUUCAGAUCGACACAAAGGGCUAAGAACCAAAAACAUUGGACCGGGCAAUGAUCAUGGCGAACGACGAAGAAAAAGGCCGCGUACCAGCGGCGGCAUCAGCACCGAGUCCAACGAAACCGAUCAGUGCUCGUGAUCCCACCGAAGAUGAGAAAAGUGCACUUUUGGACAAAGAACGCGAGGCAGCCGAAAAGCUGAAUGUAGCGACCAAGGCUGGAGUGGGUCGUAUGACCGCAGCGCUGGCGUUCGCCGUCUUUUCCGUAACCCUCGGUUCAUUUCAAUUCGGUUACCAUAUAGGAUGUGUGAAUGCCCCUGGAGAAAUGAUUACCUCCUGGUUCCAAGAUUCCCAUCAAAGCUUAUUUAACAGCAAACUGGAUAAAACAGGCGCUGAUUUUGCAUGGAGUGUAGCUGUGUCAAUGUUCGCUGUAGGAGGAAUGUUUGGCGGAUUGAUGUCUGGCUGGUUAGCUGAUAAAGUCGGUAGACGUGGUGGUCUUCUUUACAAUAACCUCUUCGCAUUCAUUGCCGCUGCUUUGAUGGGUUUGGCAAAGCCUUUGGGUGUUUACCCAAUGAUGAUCCUAGGCAGAUUUUUCAUCGGAUUAUAUUGUGGACUUACUUGUAUUGUGCCAAUGUAUCUAGCUGAGACCUCACCGAUGAACCUUCGAGGAAUGCUCGGAUCACUGCAUCAGCUCAUUGUCACUGUUGCUAUUCUGGUUUCCCAGAUACUUGGCCUGCCGUACAUUCUCGGCACAGAGGCUCGAUGGCCGUUGAUCUUUGGAUUUACUGUUGUGCCGUCUGUUAUCCAAGUGAUCACUCUUCCACUUAUCCCGGAAUCACCCCGCUAUACUCUUUGUGUGCGUGGUCAACCGGAUAAGGCAGCGAAGGAUCUUAAGAAGUUGAGAGGAUCGGAAGAUGUGAAUGCUGAGAUGGAAGUUUUCCGUGAAGAAGCUGCUGCUAGUGCCGCAGCAGGUGAGUCGAAACCAUCAAUGCUGGACAUGUUCCGUGGAUCGCUUCUGUGGCCUAUGACAAUCGCCAUCAUGAUGAUGCUUGCACAGCAAUUCUCUGGUAUCAACGUUGCUAUGUUCUACUCUACCGUAAUCUUCAAACAAGCUGGACUUACUACUGAAGGAGCCGUUUACGCUACAAUUGGUAUGGGUACCGUCAACGUGAUUAUGACCCUCAUUUCAGUCUAUUUGGUGGAUCAUCCAAAGUUCGGACGACGUUCGUUGAUGCUUAUGGGACUGACCGGAAUGUGGGCAUCAACAAUCCUUCUAGUCAUAGCACUAUCACUAGGUGCUGCUGGACAUCAAUGGGCCAGCUAUGGUGCAAUUUUGUUCGUAUUACUGUUCGUCAUAUCGUUCGCUACAGGACCAGGUUCUAUCCCAUGGUUCUUUGUGUCUGAAAUCUUUGCUUCAAAUUCUCGUAGCAAUGCCAACUCGGUAGCUGUAAUGGUCAACUGGACAGCUAACUUGCUCGUUGGACUAUCGUUCCUUUCACUUAACAACGCUCUUGCCCAAUACUCGUUCCUCGUCUUCACUGCAUUACUAUCGUUCUUCAUCUUCUUCACAUGGCGAUUUGUGCCCGAGACCAAAGGAAAGACUGUCGAAGAAAUCACAGCCACAUUCGAUAAACGAAAGCGCUAAAGUAUUGUAUCAGCUAUGAGCUCUCAAUAUUUUAACCCUACUACCCUUUCUACUCCCGUAUACUCACGAAUCUUGACAUAUUGAUAUGUUUUAGCCUUGUUAUCCACUCAUAAUCAUCGCUUCUUUGCAAGCGCGCCCAUUCAGUUUCAGUUGUAGGUAGUAUUCUUCUGAAGAAGAAGACGAGCUUUAAACGUUUGAAAAGCUCAUCGUAGUGGUUUAGUUUGUAAUCUGCCAUUCGUUUUGAAUUCUCGAACUCCUUGUAUUGUGUAUAGAGACGAGCAUUUUAUCUUCGAUAGAGCUUAUUAGUUCUCUAACAAUCCCAAAAAUAUUUUGUACUCACCAUGAAUCUGAUUUUGUUACAUGUUGCCUAUGUUUUCAUGAUUGUUUUACGUGAUCCCUGAGUAAUAUCCCUGAAUAAAGAUACUAAGUG